CUAAAGGGGUAUGAAAUAGUUGGUUAAUUGAUUUCAAAUGAAUUUCCAGAUGUCGUCUGCAUGAUUGACUGCUUAUAUCAAGUGAUGUUGCUAGGCAUUGAAUAAAGUAUGGAAAGUUGCUAGCGUUAAAUAUCAGUGUUUUUAUUUAUCAUAAUCAGCAGCCGAAUUACAAGUGCUGUAAAACUAUAAAAUAUUCGUCCUUCAAAUUAAAAAAAAUAUUUUUCUCUAUUUUUGCAUCAAGAAUUCAAAGAUAAAUUCUAUUCUAAAUCCAAUUUUAAUUUUAUAAAUAUGAAUUUAAAUGUUAUUAAAUUAUAUUUUUAAAAAAAUCUUUUCAAAACGUGUAAUUUAUUGAUAAAGUAAAUCAUUGAAUGAAAUGGUUGAUUAUAUAUCGCUUUAAAAAUUAUAUAAAGGUAUUUGCAAUAAACUAAAUAAUUUUGGUAUUUUAUUUUAGAGAAAAAGAUAUCAGUAUGAUAAGGCAAACCUUCAACGUGCAUAUGAUGCUGUUGUGUCAGAGGGAAUGUCUGUUUAUAAGGCCUCUAGGGUAUUUUUCGUGCCAGAGCAGACUCUAAGGGACAGAGUUAAGGAAAAAGUUCCACUAACUGCUAAAUUAGGUUAUGAUAACACUUUUACUUUCAAAGAGGAAGAAGCAUUGGCACAGCAUCUAAUUUAUAUGGCUGGAAUCGGAUAUGGCUAUACAAAAAUGGACAUACAGAGGAUGGCAAGACAGUAUGCACAUUCCCUUAACAAAAAACUUCACACAAAGAACGAAAAUACUGACCAUCUCAGUAAUAAUUGGUUUUAUGGCUUUUUGCGCCGCUGGCCAGACUUGAAACUGGUAAAACCACAAAAACUUUCAAUGGCUAGAGCAAAAAAUGCAUCCCCUGAAAAAUUGAAAGCUUAUUUCAAGGAACUGUCCACAAUAUUAACAAAACAUGAAUUAGCGGACAAACCAAAUCAAAUAUUCAACAUUGACGAAACAGGAAUUUCGACUGACCAUUCGCCACCCAAAAUUGUUUGUGGAAAAGAUGUAAACCCUCGAUCCAUUACGUCUCCACGAUCCUCUACUAUCACUAUUAUUGCCGGAGGAAAUGCUGCAGGUCAUUUUUUACCCCCAUUUUAUGUUUUCCCGGGUAAAAGAUGGAAUGCUGACUUCCUAAAUGUUGCCAUAUCUGGAUCUUCGGGGGCAAUGAGUGAUAGUGGCUGGUCAAAUGGUAAAAUAUUUGAACAGUACCUGACGACCCAUUUUUUAGAAAAUGCCAGGAGACAAAAUCAGGACCCUGUUCUCAUUCUUUUAGAUGGACAUCGGUCCCAUAUUAGUUUAACGUUGACGGACUGGGCACAAAGAAAUAACAUAAUAUUAUUUGUUCUCCCUCCGCAUAGCAGCCAUCUGACCCAGCCGUUAGAUGUUGGGGUGUUUGGGCCACUAAAAAAAAUCUAUAACAGAGAAUGUGCUGUGUUCUUACAGAAGCACCCAGGGAGAAAUAUAACCAAGUACGAUAUUGCAGAGCUCACAGCAACGCCAUACCUCAAAGCCAUGUGUCCGCAGAACUCAAUUUCAGCCUUUAGAAAAACAGGUGUAUUUCCAGUUUAA